AUGGGCAGAAGCAGGGAGCUGGCUGCCGGUACCAGCAGGCAGGAGUUUGAGCCUCACCCCCGGGAGCUGUGGGAGCUGUGGGAGCUGUGGGGUGUCCCGGCGGGUCUGCCCGCGGGGCUGCACUCGCUCUCCAGCCUGGGGGUGGCUGCAGAGAGCCCCGAAAUGGCCCAUGCAGGGAAGGGUCGGGCAGCGCCCGCGGGGCUGCGGCACUGGGCGAGGAACCUGCCACGGGCGGGGGGCUCGGAGAGACCCCGGGAGGGACCCCUGGAACCCCGGAGGGACCCCAGGAGGGACCCCGGGAACCCCGGAGGGACCCCGGGAGAAACCCCGGGAACCCCGGAGGGACCCCAGGAGGGACCCCGGAGGGACCCCGGGAGGGACCCCGGGAACCCCGGAGGGACACCCGACCCCCCCAGCGCGGCCAGGCCGGGCCGGCAGGGGGCGCUGAGCGGCCGCGGAGGGGGCGGGAGAGACCGGGGGGUCCCGGGAUGGAACGGGGCCUGCUCGGCAUUGCUGCGGGGCGCGGUGGGUCCCGCCCGCCGCGCGUGUCCCCGGAGCCCGCAUCGACCGAUCCCCCCGCGCGUGUCCCCGGAGCCCGCAUCGACCGAUCCCCCCGCGCGUGUCCCCGGAGCCCGCAUCGACCGAUCCCCCCGCGCGUGUCCCCGGAGCCCGCAUCGACCGAUCCCCCCGCGCGUGUCCCCGGAGCCCGCAUCGACCGAUCCCCCCGCGCGUGUCCCCGGAGCCCGCAUCGACCGAUCCCCCCGCGCGUGUCCCCGGAGCCCGCAUCGACCGAUCCCCCCGCGCGUGUCCCCGGAGCCCGCAUCGACCGAUCCCCCCGCGCGUGUCCCCGGAGCCCGCAUCGACCGAUCCCCCCGCGCGUGUCCCCGGAGCCCGCAUCGACCGAUCCCCGUCCCGCCCGGCCCGAGCCGCGCUGGCACUGCCCGCGGCAGCGCGUCCUGCAGCUAUCGAUAA